AUGACAACUCUUACACCCCAAGAGGGUGGUAUCUCACAGAUCAAAAAGCACAAGGAUGACGACCAAGUCACCAUUGUACCCCUUCCUCCGAGCCAGACGCUAUCGACCUCCAGUACCACAACCUCCGUCUCUGCCGCUCUCGCUCGGUCCUUGUUCCUCUUCAUGGGGUUCAUGUUCAGACGUCCUUCCAAACUUUUCCGUCCAAACAGAGUGGACACCUGGGGUGCUUUACGUCAAUUAGCAAUUUCCUCCGACCAGCAUCUCUCUCCUGGUUUUAUUCGUGAUCUCUUAAGACGUAAACAAGGGGUUUUAGCUCUGACUGUCACUCUGCUACCACCGUUGAUGGUCAAUACCAUUCUUGGAUUUCUGUUGUUCACAUCGCAUUCGUUCUUCUCCUUAUCUCUUGCACGACUACCCGUAUUUCAGCGUGAACGACAUUUCAAUGACCUAAAACAGUCGCAUUCUGUCUCUAAAGAUACUUCACCUAAGGGCUCACCAAUGGAAGGAGAUGAUGCAGAAGAAGAGGAGAAAUUUGAUCUUGAAACACUUUUGAGAGGUCCUACUGUGGUCCCUAGACAUCCGACCCUUUUGUCGGGGAUAGCAGGAGCUGGAGCUGGUAUAGCUCAAGGUAUAGCGUUUACGCCUGUGGAGAAUAUUGUUCGUCUCCUGAAAGAUUCCGCUCAAUCUAUCACUUCUCCUCUUAUCCGUCUACUUCAUCUAUCCGGCAAGCCUGCUCCCGGAGACGAGGUUUCUUCUCCUUUACAAGCCAUCAGGAACUUUCUUUCUACUCAGACUUGGCAGAGGAGUCAUUCCUGGUGGUCUGGCUGGCGUUGGGUUGUAGCCAGAGAUGCAUUGAGCUACGGAACAUUCUUCGCUGCCUUCGACAUGACACGCCGUGUAGGAUUACGAGUCAAAGCUUUCUUCGGAGGUGGUAUACAACCAGAUUGGGAAAACUUUAUAAUCCUUGAUACUCCGACUGCCCCUUCAAACAUCGCUUCAUCAUCUACCACUACUCCUUUCCCUUCCUCAAGAUUGCCUGUCAAAGCUGACCCUUCCUCUGCUCCCACUGUGGCUCGAGUGGCUCAAGCAGCGACCAUCGUCUCCGGUGGAAUAGUCGCUUCUCUUCUUGCUGAAAUGAUUGGUCGACCCUUUCGUGCUUGUCAGAAGAUUAUGCAUUCCGCCAACUCCGACAUCUCAUAUCCACCUUCAUCCUCAAGCAUAUCUUUCAGAAGACAUCCUGUAUACUACACAUAUCGGACGCAAGGUCUGCGUCCGUUUCUUCAUCCAGACGAUCCGCCCUCUAGUAAGAUCAGUGGGAGUCAGAUCCACGAGAUACGUUUCCGGAGAGCGUUGACCAGAGUAGGAUGGAGAUUAGCAGCUGUAGGUCCUUGGGGAUUUGGGUUCCUUGUCUGGGCGUGGGUGGGAGGGGAAGUUUGA